AACAUCCCUAAAGCAUUUUUCUCGGUUGUGCUGCUGUCAAGAGCCUCUGGCUGUCUACCUUCGGUAGGUUUGAUUUAAAAAAACAAAACAAAACAAAAACAAUCAAUAAUAUUACUCAGGAUAACAUCCAUCCAUUUUCUAUUGCGCUUGUCCUACUUGGGUGAGCUGGAGCCUAUCCCAGCUGACUUUGGGUGAGGUGGGGUCAGUCACGGGACACGUACAUCCAAACAACCAAUCACACUCACACAUAUGGACAAUUUAGAGUCUCCAAUUAUGCUAACAUGCGUGUUUUUGGGAUGUGGGAGGAAGCCUGCUUAGCCGCUGAGAAACCACACAAAUGUCCAGACUGGGAGGCAGACCUGCUCCCCACUAGUCCACCGCGUUGGCCUCAGGAUAACAAGCAGCAGUUUAAAUGCCUGAAACAUGGCUGCCACCAGUUGCAUCACAUUAGCAACAUUCUCAAAUCUCCGCCCCCCCAAAAAAACGUCUGAUGUGUCGUACAAAAUGAAAACACUGAAGCGAGCAGGGACACUCGGCCACGCCUGGACUUUCCAGUGGUCCGCUGAUGGAAUUCCAGUAAUUGAAGCCAGAACAAACUGGGCAGCUAAGAAUAGCUCCAGUCAGGGGGACAGGGACUUCUGGGCUUGGGCGGGGGUCUUUACACGGAGUGAUGGCGCAGAGGGUAAAAAGGGAUGGACAGCUGGACAAACUAGUCUUCAAGUGAUCAUUUGGACUCAACUGACGUGGAAUUCAACAGCAAAGACGCUCCCUCCAAGUUUCCAGAACCUUCUCCGUGUUUCAUUUUGACCCCAGGAGGUGAUGAACUUUGCCCUUCAGCCGGCUGGCAGUCCGGGUCACAGUCGUGGGGGUCGCGGUGCGGCUGCCGGCGGCAGCGGCGGAGCGUCCAUGGAGAACCUGGAGAAGCAGCUCAUGUGUCCUGUCUGCCUGGAGAUGUUCUCCAAGCCGGUGGUCAUCCUGCCCUGCCAGCACAACCUCUGCAGGAAGUGUGCCAACGACAUCUUCCAGUCGUCCAACCCGGCGUGGCAGACACGAAGCUCGUCCAGCGUGGCCGCCAGCGGGAGUCGCUUCCGUUGCCCGUCGUGUCGUCACGAGGUGGUCCUGGACCGCCACGGCGUGUACGGCCUGCAGAGGAACCUGCUGGUGGAGAACAUCAUCGACGUGUACAGGCGCCAGGAGGCCUCACGGUUGGUUAGCGUCAAGCCGGAGACGCAGCAGCAGCAGCAGCUGACGUGCGACGAGCACGAGGACGAGAAGAUCAACAUCUACUGCCUCUCCUGCCAGGCGCCCACCUGCUCCAUGUGCAAAGUGUUCGGCCGGCACAAAGAGUGCGACGUGGCGCCGCUCAGCAGCGUCUACCUGAGGCUCAAGACGGAACUUAGCGACAGCAUCGCCAGCCUGGUGGCCAACAACGACAACAUCCAGGCCGCCAUCACGCGCAUGGAGGACGUGUGCGACGCCAUCCAGGUGACAAAAGCCGCCCUGAUAUUCCCGCCGGACCCAUUUGCAACGUUCAAUGCCGUUUCCCCGCCUCAGGAGAACGCUCGCCAGCGGCGCGAGCAGAUCGCCAGCCAGCUGGAAACUCUGGCGGCCAUCUUGGACGAGCGCAAACAGGAGCUGGUGCGUCUGAUCACCCGGGAGCAAGACGACAAGCUGCAGCACGUGCGGGCGCUCGUCCGGCAGCACGGCGAGCGGCUGGAGGCCGCCGUCACGCUGGUGGAGUCGGCCAUUCACGCCGCCGAGGAGCCGCACAUGGCGCUCUUCAUCCAGAGCGCCACCGUCAUACUGGACAAGAUGUCUGCAACCGCGCCAGACGCCGACGUCCUGCGUCCGCAACUCCACGAUGACAACAUGAGCCAUUUUGUCAUCGACGUGGACGACGUCGCUGACAUGUUGACCAGCAUCGACUUCUGCCACACUGCGGCGGGCGACGGCGAAGACGACCUCGAGGACGACUCCGAGCUGGACUGACCCGUCCCCAGACAGAGGUCUGUGUGCGACGCCUUUAAGCGUCCCCCCCAUCGCCUCAAAAGACAAAAGACGCAUCCAGGCUGAGUCACACGUUGCGUGAAAACAAGAAAUAAAAAAAACAACAACAACAAAAAGCCGAGCAGGAAGCUGACGGAUUCCCCUCGCCCACACGGUAGCAGCUGACUCAAAACAACAACAACAACAACAAUCCUCCACCUCCAAAACACAAACGUUGGCAAGCACUCUGGAAUUGUCUUACAUAAAAAAACAAAUCCUUCCUUUGUUUCAUUUCAGGGACUUCUCGUUAUGAGCUCGACAAAGGCGCUCGCUCUCGGACAGGCGUGUCCAAACUAGCUUGUUUUUUUUUAUUGGCCCAUGACACGUUCUAGAAAUGAAAUUAAACACCAAAAAAAUAAAAAGAAACAGCAGCAGCCCCACGCAACUCAGGGUUCACGUGAGUGGGAGGGCAUUUCCUGUUGCCACUGGGUGGCGAUGAGACAAAUCCAGGACGUGACGUACGUGUAGCUUCAAGGUGUCGUCUUCAUCGCACGUACCAGUUAUGAUGAAGAUCUGACCUUGUGGAACCGAGUUAUUAGAGUUCACAGUUUAGUGGGAAAUUGUCUGAUUGGUCAUCAAACUUUGCUGCCAUGCUCCGCCCACAUCUGAUGGAACAGUUUAAAAUCCAUCCCAACAUGACAUCGCUUGUCUGUCUCGUAUCCGUGACUUUCAUUUAAGCUCAUUUGGUCAAAGCACCGAGGGCUUCAUUCAAAUACAACCCCAAAUUUCUGCCGCAAAACAAAACGGCCGCCUUCCCGGUCGUGUUGGAACGCGGGUUCUUGAGGAUUUUUCGUGCGUCCUGUCAUGAUUGACGUCGCCACCAGACUUCACGAUGUUCUGUGAAACUGGUAGCAGGGGAUCAUUUUGGGGUUAGUUUUGGAGGUUUGUGUUCGGGACCCCUGAAAUAUCAGCUUUUUCUCCAAACCUGACGCUUGCUUGCAAAUUUUGGUGAGUUUUCAUGCAUGUUAAGGCCCUCGAAAAUGCAAGAAAAGCCACGAUAUACAUAAUGAACAAUAAUAAACGUAGUUUCAAGAGGGCCACCGCAAAGAAAAGGUGUUAAUAAUAAUAUGCCUUGUCACAGAAUCACAAAGCUAUCUUUGCAUAUAAAAAGUCGUGUUUUUUUUUCCUUUUUACUCAAUAAAAAUU